AUGGCCCAAAUCAGUAAGGCUGAGCGAGCGGCGCAACACCUGUUUGAGGCCCACCGCGAGCGCCGGAAAUACGAGGCGCUGCCCGACGACAUCUCGCCCGCCACGAUCCAUGAGGCCUAUGACAUGCAAGAGGCCUUCCAGGCGCUGCUCGCGCCCCAGCGCGGGGCUAUCGUAGGCUACAAGAUUGCACUCACCACUCCGGUGAUGCAGCGGAUGGUGGGGUUCGACGAACCCGCGGCCGGAGCAGUCUUCGAGAACGGCGUGCAUUACUCCCCCGCGUCAGUGGGGGCCGCUGACUUCGUGCGCAUUGGAGCGGAAUGUGAGGUGGCGGUGCGGCUGUCUGCCGACCUGCCGGCCAGCGGCGCGCCUUACGGCCGCGAAGGCGUGGCGGGGGCGGUCGGUGCGCUGAUGCCUGCCUUCGAGCUGGUGGACGACCGAGGCGCGGAUUACAGCAAUCUCUACUUCCUGGGGGUCGCCGCCGACAAUGCCUGGAAUGCGGGUGUGGUGCUGGGGCAGGAAAGGACCGACUGGCGGAGCGCGGGCGAGGGCUAUGGCCGUGACGGGCUGGGACACCCGCUGGACGCGCUGGCCUGGCUGGCCAACGCGCUGGCAGGACGAGGGAAGGAACUGAAGGCAGGGAUGCUGGUGAUGACCGGCAGCAUCGUGAGCACCAAGUUCCUGAACCCCGGUGACGAGGCCGCCUUCACCUUCGAGGGGCUGGGCGACAUCCGUCUGAGCGUCGGCUGA